AAGAAAAUUUUACAACUCGCUUCCUCUCUAUCCUUCUCACACCAACACUCUAAUCCCCGAAUCUUCACCAUCACUCUCUCUCUCUCUCUUCUCCGCAGAACACAAGGAAACCAAAGCACAAAACCGGACGGGGUUUUGAGGGAAAUGGUGAAUGGUAGAAAGGUGAUGGAAACCGAUGGCAAUAAGCCACAUUCCCAUCAGAAGGAUCACUUGGGGAAUGCAGAUGAUCCUAGGAAAGACAAGUCUGCAGAGGAAAUUGGGUUUGUUAACCACGCUGAAAUUGAUUGGCAUGAGAGAAGGAAGCAGUGGGUUGGUGAAUCUUCUCAACGGUCAAAAAGAAUGCCUAGAGAACAAAUUAUGAGCUGGACAACGACAUAUGAAGACUUGCUAUGCUCUCAAGAACCUUUCCAGCAGCCAAUACCUCUGGCUGAGAUGGUGGACUUCUUGGUUGACAUAUGGCUCGAAGAAGGGCUCUACGACUAAACGCAAAAGGUGCAUUCUCAGUGAUAUGGUUGGUGGGGUGGACUUUCAUUUUGCUGAAUCUUCUUUGGUCGGAUCCCAUUAACAUGAUGAUACACAUGUUCUCUAAACUACGAUAUUUUCGACCUGAUCCUGAGCCAGUGAGAAAAAUGGGUUAUAUAUAUAUAUUGAGUCGACACGCUACAAGGUUACCGGGUAGAAGGUCAUACAUUUUCCCUUUUCC